AUGAAGUUGUCGAUUCGAAAUAUACAAGCAGUAGCCCACGGCCAUUAUUGUCAUUAUAGACGAACAAAGGAACCGACCGUUGUUCAAUAUUCUAUGUUACAUGUUUCAUGCCCAUCUGGCAAUUCGUCGACCAAAUCGUCUUUCGCUAGACAGAAACGCUCAACUUCAUCGCGAUACAAAAAAUACCGCCAAAAUCUAAUAUUCACUCAUUCCCUUGAGAAUCAUCCCUCGCACAUCAAUAUAUCAACCUAUUCUAUAUAG